GCAGCCCCUAAGAGCAACCAUCGUCCUGAAUAGGCUGUGGGCUUUUAGCUUGACUAUCAGCUGCUGCAUGAACUACUCUAUUAGGGUUGUCUAGGUGAAGUGGGCUUCAGGAGUAAGCAAGAGCCAUCAGGACCUAGGGUGGAGUGGAGCGCAAGGAUCCCGUUGGAGAGCAAGCUGCUGCGAAUAGACUCUGAGCUUAAAGCAGUGCUCGGCCUAGAGAUGGCACUUUAAAUCUGACUAUACUGCAGGAACCUGGUGAAGAACCGGCUUCCCUCAGCACCAUACACCACUCUCUAAAGGAACAUGUACAAUUAGCACCUGAGAGUCAGAAUUUUCACAAUGCCAGCUUCAAAUAAAAUGCUGGUUCUCAGUGUUCUCUCGGUUUUCUUGGGCUUCGCUAAAUGUCAGGAUUUGCCAAGUUAUGACCUGCUGAAAGAGUUUCGCUUGGUUGAGAGCAGAGGGGUGAAGCAGGUGAAAGGCUCGGAGCCAGAGUCAGUAGCAUACCGCGUAAACCCCUCCCUGCAUCUCAGGAAGAGCUUGAGCGACGUUUACCCAAAUGGUCUGCCUACUGACUACUCUGUCAUAGCCACUUUCAAGAUAACCAAGGAUGAGGCGAAGGCAUCCUGGAACCUUUGGCAGGUUAGCGACCCCGAGGGCCGGGACCUGGUAGGGCUGCGUUUUAAUGGCGACUCUAGAACGCUGGACUUCUUCUACAGCAGCCCCAGCAAUACACAGAUGUUGCGCACCUUCCACGGUGUGGAGAAGCUGUUUGACGGUGAGUGGCACAAACUGGCACUCAGUGUGAAGGGAGACCAGGCAAAGCUACUGGUGGACUGUGAAGAAGUGAGCGCUGAGCCGCUGGAUGAGCCGAGGCCAGUCAUCCUCCGCGGCUACACCUCCAUCGUUAAGAGAACUGCUGGUGAUCGCCGAGUCUCUGUGGACCUGCAGAGGAUGCGUGUUUCCUGUGAUGCUGACCAGGCCUAUUCUGAAGGCUGCUGUGAGCUCUCUAGUGUGUGUGGAGGACAUGCAGAGAUUGGCCUCAGUGUGAGGAGAGGCAAAGCCGCAUGUAAAUGCCAGCAUGGACAGCCAGGUCCACAGGGAAUUUCUGGUCCAAAGGGUCACAGAGGUCUGCCAGGAGAGCCUGGAGAACCAGGGCGAAGGGGAAACUGGGGACGACGAGGACACACUGGAGACUAUGGAAACAUAGGUGAACCUGGUCCUAAGGGCCAGGCUGGGAUCAAAGGAGAGAAGGGAAUGCGAGGACUCUAUGGCCCUGAGGGUGACAGAGGGCCUAAAGGUUUUAAAGGUUUACCAGGUGCUGCAGGCCACAAGGGAGUGCGAGGGCCUCCUGGAGAGAGAGGAGAGACUGGGCUGGCGGGAAAGAGCGGUUCAGUAGGAGAUCAGGGGUACCAGGGAAUUCCUGGAUAUCAGGGAGUGAAGGGAGAGGAAGGUCCCUCUGGAAAUGCUGGACCACCAGGACCACAGGGCCUGCAGGGUGUUGUGGGAGAUCCUGGUGAAAGAGGAGAAUCUGGAGAAAAAGGAAAGCCUGGUAUACAAGGGCCUAAGGGACGAGCUGGGGGCAUGGGAAUCAAGGGAAUUGUUGGUGAUCCAGGUUUACCUGGAAGGGACGGAGACCCUGGCAAUGAGGCUUAUCAAGGAGCACAGGGGCAUGAUGGCAAAGCUGGAAGAACUGGGGACAGGGGUGAGAAAGGUGCUCAGGGACCUCCUGGAAACAUGGGUCCUCAAGGACGUACUGGUCUGCAAGGAUAUAAGGGUUCAGCAGGAAAGCCAGGAAGACCAGGACUCCAGGGGCCUCCAGGAAGAACGGGACAUAUAGGAUUACCAGGAAAGCCAGGUCCAAAGGGAAGUACUGGUAUUCUAGGAUUUCAGGGUGUAAAAGGGCAAAAGGGGGAGAAGGGACAAAAAGGACCAAAAGGCAGGGUGGGGGAUAGAGGUGAGCUUGGACCACGGGGAGGACAGGGGAAGCGUGGACCAGCUGGAGAUCCUGGCCGUAAAGGUGAUGUGGGGACCAAAGGUGUCCAAGGAGAUGAAGGGCUAGAGGGCUUUCAGGGACCUCCAGGACCACCAGGCCCAACGCUCUCGGCCCAACAUGUUAUCGAGGUCUGCAAGCGUGUGGUGCUGGAACAGAUGUCCACAUUUGCCAACUCUGUGAAGCGGACAUGUGCUGCUGUGUGUCCACUGUAUGGCGAUGUACCCAUGGGUGCCCCUGGUCCUGUAGGACAAAGGGGACCACCUGGACCACCUGGGGAUCCUGGCACUGAUGGUGUUGAUGGAGAAGUGGGGCAGCAAGGAUUCUAUGGAGAGGCUGGUGAUCCAGGCAGACAAGGGGCGCGAGGUGAUCAAGGAGAAAAAGGAGACAUGGGUCCAAAAGGUUACGGUUUAACUGGUUACACUGGAGACCAAGGGCAAAAGGGUCAGCGUGGGCGACCUGGAAGAGCAUUUGAUGGACGCCCUGGUCAAAUGGGUGAGAGAGGUCAUGUUGGCAGACCCGGACUGAGGGGUCACCCUGGACUACCUGGGGUUCCUGGAGUUUGCCUGUCAUCAGGGUGUGGUCUGCUCAAUGGGACUGCUGGUAGCACACCCCAACAAGUAUCCCAGAGCACACCCCAACAAGUAUCAUCCCGACAAACAUCACAGAGACUGCGGGCACGCCCAUAAAGUUACAGGAUAACUGCGAUUGCAUAGAGUGUGACAAUAACUGAUGUAAAUAGAUUUAAAAUCCCUCUUCAUUAAAAGACUGUUUCCAGUAAUAAAGAGCAGAACCAUCACAGGUACAGGAUUAACUGAGGCCAACUGAGAAAUUUAUUUUCAAAGCAAUUUAGCUGGCUAACAACUUACUGUAAUUAUUACAAAUAUUGUAACAGGCAUUUAUGUGGUUUCUGUAAUAUUCUUAUGGAAAAUUUGUCUUUGGACAUGGGUUGUUUGUGUUCUUCCAGGCAAGUGUUUUCCCAAAGAUACAGCAUCACAAAUCAAAAUCUAUUUUCUCAAGAUUGAUUCUGACCAGUUCUGCUAAAACUGCUUUGAAUUUACCGCGAGAUUGUCACAUGUGCCACAUCUGUGGUUGACAGAAACCUCCAGGAUGAUUCCCACACAUUUUUCCGCUAACUUAUUGGUGGCCUUUGUGAAUGAAAAGGGAAAAAAAAAACCCUCAAACUCAUAAUCCCACAAUUUUUUGUUCCUUCUGGUCUUUCUUCUGGUAAUUAUGCCAUGCUUUACAAGCAUCCAGAUACUUUCUACUGCUUCACAGUUCUCCUCAGCACUCAAAGCAAUUUUUUAAAGAAAAAAAAGGCACUUGAGCGUCAGAAGUCUGUGCCAAAUGCUAAGCAAGCAUUUUACUAUUUUUUUUUUCUCCCAGUUCUUUAGGAAACAACCUUUAAAUACUGUCCAUCAGAUGUUGACAGUUUUUUGGGUAAAGUCACUGUAUGUUAUUUCCUCAACUUCUUUUACAACAAAUAAUAUGUGAAUUAAAGUGCAUCCUUUAAAGUCUCUUUCAGCAUUUUCAGCAAAUGCUGUACAUUUAUUCAAUUAUAAUAUACUUUUGUAAUUUUUAGUCACAAACAAAGAAUAUAUUUACAGUUAUUAUUUGUCUCAAAGCAUUAAAUAACCCAGCUGAUUCUUAAGGUUUGCCCUGCAAUAAUUUAUGUCAUUCUUUUACAAGGACAAUUAUUGCAUGACCUUGUUGCACAAAACAUCUAGA